AUGCCAGCAGGAUAUCUUGCUGGCCUUAAGACCAUGAUCUGUGUCGCUCGAUGGGGCCUUUCUCCCAUAUCCGUUAUUGUGCCAGCUUUAUUUGGAGGUACGCAAUCAUACGGUCGGGAGAGACAUCUGGCUGGUCAUGUAAACGAACCCAACAACCUUUCGAUGGAGCAUGGCGACACCUUCGAAUUUACGCAAGACCCUCUUGCUCUUAUUAUGGAAACUGUUCUGACGCUGGACUUGCGAGAGGUGAACAUGUGUUGCCCGGCGGGCCCCGAAGCUGAAGGCUCUACGCCAAAUUGGCUCAACUAUCCAAAUGCUGGCAAGCUUGAAUUCCCGCCUGCACCUGGAGUCCCGACUGAAAGGGUGCCACCCCACACCACUCCAGUGUCAUUGGUGGUAUUCACGGGGAAGUUCUGCCGUGUACCACGAGAACUUCGCACCGAGUCUCUAUUCAGAUAUAUCAUAUGA